AUGAAAGGCUUUUCGAACUCAACGGGUGUCAUCAUUCCUAUUACUCUUUGUUUUAUUUUCUUUUUCGUUUAUCAUUCUGAAGACGUGCUUGCGAGGCAUCUGUGUCGUCCCGAACAAAGGGAUGCUCUUCUCGCUUUCAAAAACGAGUUUCAGAUUGGGGAGCCUAGUGAUUAUUGUAUGGCUUUUAGCUUUGAAACUCAUCGGACGACGGAGUCAUGGGGGAAUAACAGCGACUGUUGUAGUUGGAAGGGUAUAACGUGCAAUGUCAAGUCCGGAGAUGUGAUCGAGCUACACCUUCGCUGCAGCUUUCUCCAUGGCCAGUUUCAUUCCAAUACCAGUCUUCAAAACCUUCCUUUUCUAACCACUCUUGACCUUUCGGGUAACGAUUUUAAUGGCCAAAUCCCAUAUUCCAUUGGAAACCUUCCUCAUCUCACCAGUAUCGAUCUUUCUUAUAAUCAGUUUUCAGGUCAGAUUCCAACUUCCAUCGGAAACCUUUCUCAUCUUACCACUCUCCGCCUUUCACAAAAUCAUUUCAGUGGUCAGAUUCCAUCUUUCAUUGGAAACCUUUUUCAUCUAACCACUCUGACCCUUGGGGUUAGUGGCUUCAGUGGUCAGAUUCCAUCUUGGAUUGGCAACCUUUCUAAUCUUAACACUCUCGACCUUUCUUAUAAUCGAUUUUCUGGUCAAAUUUUGCCUUCAAUUGGAAACCUUACUCAACUCACCUCUCUCAACCUUUCUAUGAAUCAAUUUUCUGGUGAAAUCCCGUCUUCUAUUGAAAACCUUUCUCAACUCACCUAUCUCGACCUUUCAAUAAACAAUCUCGUUGGUGAAAUCCCAUCUUCUUUUGGCAAUCUAAACCAGCUGGCCUCUUUACUUGUUUAUUUCAACAAGCUCAGUGGGUAUUUUCCCAUUGUAAUACUGAAUUUGACAGGGCUGUCAGAUUUAUAUAUCUCCAACAAUCAGUUCAUUGGCGCGCUUCCUCCCAAUAUCACUUCACUAUCCAACUUGAUAGCUUUUGGAGCAAGUGAGAAUGCUUUCACUGGAACUAUCCCUCCUCCUCUCUUCACCAUUCCUUCUUUGAUAUUUAUUCGUCUGAGUGAUAACCAACUCAAUGGCACUCUUGAGUUUGGAAAUACAUCUUCUUCACCAUCUAACCUACGAAAGUUAGACAUUGGCAGCAACAACUUCAAAGGGCCAAUCCCCAGAUCCAUUUCCAAAUUUGUCAACCUCUCGGAACUUCACCUUUCUCAUUUCGACACGCAAGGCCCAGUUGAUUUCAGUAUCUUCUCGCAUCUCAAAUCACUCGAAGAUCUUGACCUAUCCUAUUUGAACACCACCACUACGAUUGAUUUGAAUGAAGUCUUAUCAUAUUCCAAAAGCCUCUCUGUUUUAGAUCUCUCAGGCAACCAUGUUUCAACAACAAACAAAAGUUCAGUUUCAAAUCCCCCUUCACAAUUGGUUAGAUUUUUGAACUUGUCAGGCUGCGGUAUCAUUGGGUUUCCAGAGCUGCUAAAAAUCCAUCAUGGAAUGAAAUCUCUAGACAUCUCCAACAACAGAAUCGGAGGUCAAGUUCCUGGCUGGUUAUGGACUCUACAAAACUUGACGUACGUGAAUCUUUCCAACAACACUUUCAUCGGUUUCCAGAGAUCGAAGAAGAAACAAGGACUAUCCUCUGUCGGGAAAACAUCUUUGGUGCACUUGUUUGGCUCCAACAACAACUUCAUGGGACAUAUUCCUUCUUUCAUAUGCGAGUUGCGUUCUCUAGAAACUCUCGAUUUAUCUGAAAACAACUUUAAUGGUUCAAUCCCUCGUUGUUUAGCAAACCUCAAGAAUACUCUUUCUGUUCUAAACCUUCGUCAGAAUAAUCUAAGCGGAGGUCUUCCAGAGCAUAUAUUUGAAAGUUUAAGGUCCUUUGACGUCGGUCAUAACCAACUUAUGGGAAAGCUUCCAAGAUCUUUGAAUCGUUUCUCUGCUCUUCAAGUUUUGAACGUGGAAAGCAACAAAAUCAACGACACAUUUCCGUUCUGGUUGGGUUCUCUACAAGAGCUACAAGUUCUUGUCCUUCGCUCCAAUGCAUUCCAUGGACCAAUGCAUCAAGCCUCUUUCCCUCAGUUGAGAAUCAUCGACAUAUCACAUAAUUACUUCUAUGGAACUUUGCCAUCAGAGUACUUUGUGAAGUGGAGUGCUAUGUCCUCAACUGGAAACAACGAAGUUGGGUCUGACGAUAUGUACAUGGGAGAUAGUGGAUCAAGCUAUUACCAUGAUUCAAUGGUUUUGAUGAAUAAAGGUAUAGAGAUGGAGCUAGUACGUAUCUUAAAAAUCUAUACAGCAAUCGAUUUUUCGGGAAACAAAUUUGAAGGAGAGAUUCCAAAGUCCAUCGGUUUAAUGAAAGAGCUUCAUGUACUCAACUUGUCAAACAAUGCUUUCACUGGCCGCAUCCCUUCCUCAAUGGGGAACCUGACAGCUCUUGAGUCGUUGGACGUUUCCCAAAACAAACUUUCAGGAGAAAUUCCACAAGAGCUAGGAAACCUCUCGUUCCUUUCGUAUAUGAACUUCUCUCAUAACCAGCUUUCAGGUCCAGUACCAGGAGGCCAUCAGUUUCAAACGCAGCCUUGCUCUUCCUUUGGGGAUAACCCAGGACUUCUCGGCUCUUCCCUUGAAAAAGUUUGCAGAGAUAUUCACACGACAGCAUCACAUCAACAGUAUGAAACGCUGGAAUCAGAGGAACAAGACGAAGAAGAGGUGAUUAGUUGGAUAGCAGCUGUAGGAGGAUUCGUACCUGGUAUUUCCUUUGGAUUUAUGAUUGGAUACAUAUUGCAUUCCUACAAGCCACAGUGGUUCAUUAACCCUUUUGGCCGAAACAGUCGUAUAUGGAGAAGCACCGCAACUCACUAGAGAGGGUGUCCAAGAUAACAACAAGAAUGAGGCAUAGAGAAAUGAAGCUCAUACUAUCUGCAUUAAUGUUUAUCAGCUCUCAUUGUCUCCAUUAUUCAACAAGGAUGAAAACUUCAGGUGCUUGACCAAAACUGGCAAAGAUCUUUCUUUCUCAACUGUCUAGUUAAUAAUUUUCUUAGCGCAUUUUGCUUGUGAAUAAGUGGACCAGAAGAGCAUGUACAAUAUUUGGUGUGAUUUAAAGCUUUUAGUUUAAUGUCCAUGUAAGUUUCAUGUGGUAGUUAAAUCAAACCUUAU